GCGGCCGAGGUGGCGUAACGUUGUGAGUGUUUUGUGGCGGGCGUCUGAGUUGGUGGGGAGCGGAGCGCGGCCGCCGGGGGCCUUGCCAGGGCCACAGCGGCCGGCAGUUGGGCCCCCCGCCCCGGCCAGCGCCCGGAAGCGUGCGAGAAAGGGGCCGGGGGGACCCGCCCCCGGCCGGCCGAAGUCAUGAACUCCAACGUAGAGAACCUGCCUCCGCACAUCAUCCGCCUGGUGUACAAGGAGGUGACCACCCUGACUGCCGACCCGCCGGACGGCAUUAAGGUCUUUCCCAACGAGGAGGACCUCACCGACCUGCAGGUCACCAUCGAGGGACCUGAGGGAACCCCCUAUGCUGGGGGCCUGUUCCGUAUGAAGCUCCUACUGGGCAAGGACUUCCCUGCCUCCCCUCCCAAGGGCUACUUCCUAACUAAGAUCUUCCACCCUAAUGUGGGUGCCAAUGGUGAGAUCUGCGUCAACGUGCUUAAGAGGGACUGGACUGCUGAGCUGGGCAUCCGUCAUGUGCUGCUGACCAUCAAGUGCCUGCUGAUCCACCCUAACCCCGAGUCUGCACUCAAUGAGGAGGCAGGCCGCCUGCUUCUGGAGAACUACGAAGAGUAUGCUGCCCGAGCCCGGCUGCUCACAGAGAUCCAUGGUGGCGCAGGUGGCAGCAGCAGUGGGAGAGCUGAGGCCACCUGGGCCCUGGCCAGUGGCGCUACAGCCUCUUCCACCGACCCCAUGGCCCCUGGGGGCCUAGGAGGAGCUGAUGGUCCCAUGGCCAAGAAGCAUGCAGGCGAUCGAGAUAAGAAGCUGGCAGCUAAGAAAAAGAUGGACAAGAAGCGGGCACUGAGGCGACUGUAGUGGGCUUUACUCCCCCCUCCCUGCUGUUCUGUCCCCUCCCACUCUGUCUCUAAGUUAUUUAAAUUAUGGGUGGGGGAGGGAGUUGGGGAGGGACUGGGAUCUGGAUUUGUUUUGUUUUCUAAAUAAAGUUGGAAAAGCAGCUUUAUGACUGAA